GUUGGAAUAGUUAUUUUAUUGAUUAACAAGGGCCUUCGACAUGUCCGUUUGGAGUCAAAUAUGUCAAACAACGGGUAACUUGUUAAGAAAGAGUGGUCAAGCUCUAGAUAAAGUUGGAGAACAAUUUCAAGGUGUUUAUGCCUAUAAAGAACUUUUGAGUAGGCACCACCGCAUGAGAGCCAUUCUUGACAAGAAGCCAUUGCUUUCUAGUCAAGUAUUUGUUGCACCUAAUGCAUCCGUGAUUGGAACAGUCGAGUUGGGACCCAAUAGCUCUGUAUGGUAUGGCGCAAUCGUUCGUGGAGACGUUGCUUCGGUUAGUAUCGGAGAAAACACCAACGUUCAAGAUCGUGCUUGUAUACACUUGUCAAAAGGUGAUUCUAUGUUUCAAGGUGGAUUACUUAACAACUGCACAGAAACCGUGAUCGGGAGCCGAGUCUCGAUCGGUCACGGAGCUAUCAUUCACGGAGCUCAUAUACAAGACGAGUGUAUGGUAGGUAUGGGCGCCAUUCUUUUGGAAGGAUGUAAAAUAUCAAAGCACGCCAUAGUGGGUUCAGGUGCGGUUGUUCCUCGCAAGGCAAUUAUUCCAACUGGAGAGCUUUGGGCAGGUUCUCCAGCUCGCUUUGUACGAAAACUACUAACGGAAGAAAUUGAUGCUAUAUUACAAUCUGCUGAGGAUUACACUAACUUGGCUGCAGCACAUGCAGUGGAGUGUUCCAAAUCUUUGGAAGAGAUUGAAUCCGAUAAAAUUGCCAGAAAGUUGCGGUCAGAGUUGACUGCCGAUCAUGCACCAACAGCGACAGAUGAGGAAAUUGAAGCCAUAGUACAAGAGGAAUUGAGCUUAUUUCGGAAACAAGUGGAGAAGUAUAAGCAACUUACAGCUUAAAAAAGUCUCUAAAGAGCAAAGUCUAAUAAUAACGUUUUGGAAUGAUAUGGUUUGGAAAUGAUGAUGAUAAAUAGAGAGAAUAUGGACAGUAGUCUUCUUGUAU